GUUUGCUAAAUUUUUUCACUGGGGUUCGCGAGGAAAGAGGCCAUAUUGGCCUGCAUCGGGGCGAAGCGGCGUGCAUCGAAAUCGCCCAAUAAUCCCCCGUUCGUUGCCAACAAUAUUCAGAAGCGGGAGCAGUGAAGAAAGGGUUUUACUUCUGCAGCCUGUGUGCACCUCCUAAACCUCUCCGGUGGAGCCCGCUGCUGCUUUGCUCGUCGCAUCCCAGCAGGUGGCCAUGGCAGUUACAGGAGCAAUGGUAACACGCUGCGCAUUCCUCUUGCCGCAAUGUAUGGGUGGCUCGACUGUCGUGAGGGGAUCUGGAAGACAGACAAUGGCUUUUUCAUCGUCUUCGAUUCCUACUCUGUCACUCAGAGCUGCCCCACUACGUCACUCAUUUAUGCCAAGCUCUACGAGGAAUUUUCACAGCUGCAGAGUCGUGUUUUCUAAGUGUGUUACGAGGGAGGAGGGUGAGAUUGAUUCUGCGACUUACCGGGUCUUCCUCUCCGACGAAACUGGUCGGCCGAUGUCCCCAUGGCACGACAUCCCUCUUGAUGCUGGAGAUGGGCGUUUCAAUUUCGUGGUGAAGGUCCCCAAGGACACUAGACGUAAGAUGGAGGUUGCUACAUGUGAGCCCUUCACCCCCUUCAGACAGGACAUCAAUGAGAACGGAGAUCUUCGUUCCUUCCCACACAACAUGAACUGGAACUACGGACUUCUUCCCCAAACAUGGGAGGAUCCUCAAGUUUUGAACCGCGAUGUGGAGAAUGCUCGGGGUGACAAUGAUCCAGUGGACGUUGUGGAGAUAGGGGAGAGGCAAGCCAAGUUGGGUGAGGUACUUAAAGUGAAGGUUCUAGCAGUUUGGGCCAUGAUUGAUGAAGGUGACCUUGACUGGAAAGUUGUGGUCAUCUCCGUCGACGAUCCGAAGGCUCAUCUUGUCAACAAUGUAGCUGAUGUUGAGGAGCACUUCCCAGGCACGUUGACAGCAAUCAGAGAUUGGUUUAGAGAUUACCAGAUUCCAGAUGGAAAGCCUGCGAACAGAUUUGGACUUGACAAUAAGCCUGCUGAGAAGGAUUAUGCACUUACGGUUAUUUCUGAAACUCAUGCCGUAUGGGCCAAGUACUUUAAAUGGUGAAGGGGAUACAGUUUGAAGCACAUCAUACAGGUCAGCAGAAACUUUCUUUAUUGUAUUGAGGAAAGGAUAUCGAGAAGUGAAGUGAUACACCCUUCAGGUAAAGGGUAUGAGGUUGAUGUAUAAAAAUACGAGUGUAUUUUUGUAGGGCUAAAAUUUAACAACGUUAAAUACAUAUGAAAUCAUCUUCCAUUUUUACCACCAA